UGUAGCGAGGGUGGAAACACAACAGCUCCUCCUCUUUUCAAGAAGUACCACAGUUCAUUUCUUCUUCACCCAUAUCACUACUAACAUGGCAGAUGACCAGGGAAAUAUACAUGCGGUCGUGAUUAAUGAUGACUGGCCAGGUUACAGUUUAGAGUUGUUUAAUUAUCCUGAGCAUUACAGUGGUGACCUGGAUUGUGUGUACAUCCCUCAUGGAGUCAUUAUGAACAGGAUUGAAUGCCUGGCCAGAGACAUUCUUGGAGACAUUGGACACCAGGACAUGAUGGUUCUGUGUGUUUUAAAGGGUGGAUAUAAGUUCUGUUCUGACCUGGUGGAGUCCAUUAAAGCUCAGAGCCGCAGCACUAACAGAAGACUGACCACCAGAGUAGAGUUCAUCCGAUUUAAGAGCUAUCUGAAUGAUCAAUCCACUGAACACCUUCAAAUUAUUGGACCAGAGGACCUCUCCAUGCUGAAAGGCAAGAAUGUCUUGAUUGUGGAGGCAAUAGUGGACACAGGGAAAACCAUGAGAGCUCUUCUACAGCAUGUGAACACUUUUCAGCCCAAACUGGUUAAAGUUGCCGGGCUCCUGGUGAAGAGCGUUCCUCACUGUGAUGUAAUGAUCCCAGACUAUGUUGGAUUUGUCAUUCCCAAUCGUUUUGUUGUGGGUUACGCUCUGGACUACAAUGAAUACUUCAGAGACCUCAAUCACAUCUGCGUCAUCAGUGAGACAGGGAAACUGAAAUAUAAAGUGUAACAAACUGGUUUCAAGAGGAAUUUAUAUAACAAAUGUAUACCUUAUUCUGUUUAAAUAUAUAAGGUGUGUUUCAAGAUUAUGUUUGAUUAAUUAUAUAAUGGGGUAUAAUGUAUGCAUUUGAUAAAGUCAAAGUAAUAGCAUGUGUAGGAUUACAGCAUUUUCUAUUUUAUAUGUUAAUGCUUUAUCUUCUCCAUAUAAAAAUGUAUUUUUCUCUAAAUUUGCCACAAUUUUGUACUUGUAUUUCAUACCAAUACUAAAAGGUGUAGUUCACCAUGAAAUUAAAACUCUGUCAUCAUUUACAAACCCUUAAUUUGCUCCAAAUUUAUUAAUUUUAUUUGUUAGUUAGUCAUACAGAAUUACAACAAUAUGAGAAUAUGUAAAAAAAAAGUCAUAUUUCUGUCAUAGGUUUCAGACACUAUAAUGAAAAAACAUACAUGGCAUAAACUUGGGCCUUGCUGAUGGGUCCCAGAAUAUAAAAUUGAUAUACACAGAAUCUAUAUAAAAGGGUCUAAAUAAAAAACAUCUGAACACUCCCGAAUAAAGAUGAUUUAUCAAACA